UCGAGCCACAUCACAGUGCGGAAAACACAAGUGGUGACUGAAGACUUCCCGCGCGAGUUUCUUUCUCAAAACAACCUUUUCUUUCUUCAGUUUGAAGAACUUGGUUUUUUUUUGUACUAAAAUUCACUUUUUGUUCUAGAAACGGACAAUAGUUCACACAGAAUGGAAAUCCAAGCUAUCUUGUUUUUAAUUCUAAAUGCGCACACAUGCACUGCCAUCUUUAACGUUAGUUCUGCAAUCAAAGUAGUUGCUGAUACUGCAGCAACUGUUAAGCCAAUUAAUACACCGGAUCGUGAGAAACAUCAAACAGCCCCACCUGGACGCGGUUUUCGUCUUAAUCGUACAACCCAAACCGAUGAGCCUUUGCCUGACUUUUCCUCAACUCCAAAUAAAACCUGUGAAGAGAUUGAUUCAUUAAGUUCUACUGGAUGGCCAGAAUUGUCUCGGCCUAACUAUAAAGGUGCACAUCCAUGUAACAGCACUGAUCUGAAUGAAGCAAAAUACAACCGGACAUUCCUGGAAAUAUUCAGCAUCUCAAAUGUUGAAGUUCUCUUCCUCAAAGGCCUGCUGGUCACACGCGUCAUGCCCUCGUUCUACAUCUUCAUCAUCCUCUUUAGUUUGCCCCUGAACGCUUUGGCCUUGGUGACGUUCACCUGUAAGAUUCGAGUGAAGAAACCAGCGGUGAUCUACGUGUCUCACCUGGCGUGUGUGGACCUGCUCUUCACCCUGCUGCUGCCUCUGAAGAUCCACUACCAGCUGAACGCUUCAGAUUGGGUGUUCGGUGAGGUGGCGUGUCGUGUGAUCAGUGCAGCUUACUACUGCUACAUGUACUGCUCCAUACUGCUGAUGAUGUGCAUAAGUGUGGACAGACUGCUGGCCGUGGCGUUUCCCGUCGCCUCUCUAACCUGGAGGAAUCCAAGGAAUGCCACCUGUGUAUGUGUGCUGGUCUGGCUGCUGGCGCUCGCUGGUACAGUGCCACUUCUCUCAAUGAGACAAACAUUCAAGAUUAAGGAUGUGGGCAUCACUUGUCACGAUGUGCUGAUCCAUGACGACCCUACAGAUCAACUAUACGUGCACCUGUUCUCCAUCCUCUCCUGCCUCUACUACUUCUUGCCACUCAUUGUCACCUUAGUGAGCUACUUUACCAUCAUAUAUGUGAUCAGUGGCAAGUCUAAUCGAUUAGCAAAAUCGUCAUCACUCUCAGAAAAACAAAAGAGAGCUGUGAUUAUGGCUAUCGCUGUGCUGAUUGAGUUUGUGGUGUGUUUUGCUCCAGCCAAUGGCAUCCUGUUGUACUCCUGUGUUCAUUUAGGCAUCAGCGGGGAGGAAGAUUCAUCAUAUGCUGUUUACCUGGUGGCUGCGUGUUUGGGGAGCACAAGUGUUUUUCUAGACCCUCUUCUGUACUACUACGGCUCGUCUCAGUACAGACAGAAGAUCAGAUCUGUUUUCUGGUGGAGAAGAGCAAAAACCAACCUAUCAAAAACAAGCACUCAGACAGGAUCCUCUUUUGUGAGUUGUAUGUAUAGUCCAGAGGUGUAAAGUAUUUGAGUAAAUGUAAUUAGUUUCUGUACUUAAGUAUCUUUUUUUUUUUUGGCUACUUUGUAGUUGUACUGAGUAUCAAAUAUAUUACCAACUUUUACUCUCUUCUUGACUACAUUUUUGAACAAGUAAAUGUACUUUUUACUUAUUUGUGAUGAGUAAUGCAAUUACAUAUUACAUUAUGCAUGGCACCUAACUUUUUCUGCAGGAGUUUGUUUCUGCUAUAAAGAAGUGAUAUCGUCUUCUAAGGGCAUUGAAGAUACUAUAUUUUGUGCGUUUUGCCUUUACUCACCCAAACUUGUCAACAAGGCUACUUUACGUGAAUGCGAGUGCAUUAGCAGGUAGUUGCUGAAUCGCAGGUGUUUGAUUUGAGGUCACGACUGCAGCCGCUGAUGAAGCUGAAACCAGCACAUCCAGUGCAAGUAGACUUUGCCUUAGUUAUUUUUACUUAACAUUAUUUUAUUUAUCCGCUAUAUUGGCACAACCUUUUCGACGGAUAUUGAUUUACUUAUGGCCUUUUUGUGCAGCUUAACUGAGACUUCAGAGUUUGUAGACAUUUAAGAGGUUGUUGUGUCGACCUUGAUUUAUUGCAAUAUUGAGGUGUUCAGUUUUAUUUUGAUUUUAGAAAAUAAACUUGAUUUCUCAUCUUACAAAUUUUCUUAUUUUCACCAGCAUGUCUCUCAGGUGUUGAGGACUAGUGCAUUUUUGAGCCUACAUUCAGUAUGAGUAAAAUGCUUAAGUACUGUUAAAAUCAGAUAUUUUAAGACUUUUACUCAAGUCGUAUUGGAAUUGGUUACUUGUAACUUGUAAUGGAGUCAUUUUCGAUGUAAGGUAUCAGUACUUUUAUUCAAGUAUGGUUUUCAGGUACUCUAAACACCUCUGGUAUAGUCAGGCUAGUGUAGGUUAGUGCCUAACAACGCACAUCAGUGACUUAUUCAUGAUACAGCACUAGCCUCAAGUACCUUAUUGCUUUUAUAAAACGGUUACCACACAAUACAAAUAUUAAAGCCACGAAAAUGAAACAAUGCAACUUUCAUAAAGUAAACUCUUAUGCCAGUAUAUGGCGGCAAAGACUGUAUAAGUGUGUCAGUCAGUAGCGAAGACAAAAACAUUGAAAAGACUGAAUUGUUGUGAACACGGAACAAGACGCAAAUGACAAAUGCUUUGAUUAGUGCUGUCAGUCACGGGGGAAAAAAGGACAAGAUAAUACAUCGGAUAUUUAAACAGAUUUUUUAUUAUGAACAUAGGACUGACCUGAAGGAAAAUGCUAAAUCUGAAUGCAGGUAAUAAACUCGCUCACUCGAUCUCUUUCUCUUCUACAUAAUACAGUAAGCUUUAUCGUGAAUAAAACACAGCUAUUGACCAAUCAGAAUCAAGGACAGGAACUAACCGUUUUAUAAAUCUAUAUAUAUAAUAUAUAUAUAUAUAUAUAUAUAUAUGUGUGUGUGCGUGUGUCUGUGUCUGUGUAUGUGUUGACUUGUAAUUCUGAAUGCAAAAAGUUAAGCUGCAAUCACUGUUUUUCAUUAUAUGCAUAUAAACGCAUUAUCUGUAUUAUAUGAUCAGACUUUUUUCUAUAACCUCUGUUGCUUUGCAGGUUCUUCACUGCACUAUAUAAAAUUGCCAGGUGGAAUGUGUAAAUAUUUGUUCGCAUUUAAUAGGUGCACAUAAAUUUUAUAAGUGAACUGAAAACAUAAUAUUUAAUAAGUGAACUGAACAUAUUUAUAAUAUAGCAGCUAGUUGUUUUGUUGUUGUUGUUUCUCUAUUUUUUCUGUUCUCAAGACUGUCAUGUUAAUGAACUAUUGUGUGAAAUAUUAAUUGGAGUAAAAAGUGUAAAACUUGCCUUUGGUCUCCCCUAUAUCAUUUUGUAUCAGAAGGUCCUACUGUAUAUAAUAUACUUUUCUCAGUUCUGUGUGACAAAACUGAAAUGCUGAGAUCUUCUCAUACAGCAUUAUAUUUAUCUGUACAGAUAAGCAUAACUUCCUCAUUCCAUCUCAGAUCUGAACAUGUUAUUUUAACGUGCUAAUAAACUACUGUAGUCUAUUUCAAACAUUUUUAAAUAUGUAAUUGUGUUGACACCCUGAUGAAACUGUCAUCCAUGAAAUCAUUCCUUCUUAAAUCAAAAUAUUUGCCUAAAGAGUAGAAGAAUGUAUGUCAAUCUGCAACUAUAAUGUGAUUAAAAACGGUAAUAUUAUUAUCAGAAA